UGGAAAUUGAGGCCAAUCGUUGAAUACAUGGAACAUCGACCGUCCAUUUGGACUGUUCCCAACGAACAGGGCAACCACCAACUGCAUGGACGAGGGACCUUCAGUGGAGCAAUUCAUCGAGCACCUUCCUCCUCCGAUCCACCGACGCUCCCAUUCCAAGAGAUGGACGAGGGACCUUCAGUGGCGGCUCUGAAGGCGGUGACGCUGACCCAUGUUCGCUACCGGCGGGGCGACUCCUUGGGGCACUUCCUGGCAUGGGUCUCCCUCAUCCCGGUCUUCAUCAGCCUCGGCGGCUUCGUCUCCCACUUCAUCUUCCGCCGGGAACUGCAGGGCGUCUGUUUCGCCUUUGGCCUCAUUCUUUCCCAACUCCUCAACGAGCUCAUCAAGUCCUCCAUCCAGCAGUCGCGUCCCUCCGCGAUGUGCGCCAUCCUCGAGGUCUGCGACUCCCAUGGCUGGCCCUCCAGCCACUCCCAGUAUAUGUUCUUCUUUGCUUCCUACUUUACCCUCCUCUGCCUCCUCAAUGGCGCCGGCUUCUCCUCCCCUCGAUCCAGGCGUCUCCUCGGCCUCCUUCCCUGGCCGGCUGCCUUACUCACCCUCUACUCCCGUGUUUAUCUCGGCUAUCACACCAUCGCCCAGGUCAUUGCUGGAGCGACUCUUGGAUUGGCGCUUGGUGCCGGGUGGUUUUGGAUAGUGAACAAUAUGCUCGUGGAAUACUUUCCGGCAAUCGAAGAGAGCGUAGCUGGGAGGUUCCUUUACCUAAAGGACUCGUCGCACAUCCCGAACGUGCUACAGUUUGAAUACAACAAUGUCAGGGCUGCCAGGAAGAAAUUAGCUAAAGAUUGAAAACGAUUCUUCGGGGCCUAGCUCGGGGGGACAUAUUGGGAUACUCAAAUGUCAGCAGACCAGAACAAAGCCAUCUUAUGGUCUAUUGCGUCAGGUGGCUUAUUGUGUCAGACUUAUAAGUCAAACACAAAUGUUGACUUAUUUGCCACGAUAAUCCAAGACCAGUUUGUUUUGGUACUGAUAAUCUAUGUCCUUCAAUAAAUGUUUUUUUCCCAUAGUGUCAGAGCCAUAUUUUCCUAAUUUUAAAAGGAGCUUAUAUUGCCAACUUUUGUUAUAUAAAUAUAAGUGCAUCAAAGCUUUUUUUUUAAGAACUCUCUAUUCAAUUGCAAGAC